AUGCUACAUAUGAACAUAGCCUGGAAUAAAUUGUAAGAAGCCUCAAGAGUUCUACUAGGCAAAGAGAAUGUCUAUGGCUUCAGGCAUGGCUGGAUGACUGAAGAUGAAAAGGAUGACAAGCUACUGCAGGAGGUCUGGCUUCAAUAGGAAGCAGGACCCCAGCAGCGGUGAAAACACCAUUCAUACCAAGCCAUGCAGGAAACACAGAGUAUUGUUGGUAACCAAGGAAUGUACAUAUUCCAUGCUUCACCGGUCAUUUGAUUGGCGACGUGUACUGUCGCAGGUGAACUGCUGAUAUCAUCUUCAGAGGUAAUUACCAUCCUUGCAAACAUUUGAGUUGAGAUCUUAACUUGAAAAAGACUUGAAUUACAAAUUGUGUUACCCAAAUCAAAUGUAGUGAUAGUUACAGAAAAUUGUUGCCACGUUCUGCAGAUGCUACACUAGAGGAGUCAGAAGAAACCAGCAAAAACUAGAUGUUCAUGGAAUCAAACAAGAAUGUAAGUUCAAAGUUAUUUUCAAAAGAUAUAGUGCCACAACAUUUAUGCUCAUCCCCUUUACUUCAUUUUACACCAGCAGUAGAAGAUAUGCAAGUAUUGAAUUUUCUUUCCAAAACAAAACAUAAAAUUGCUCACUCUAAUAAUGCAUGAUUGUUAGUAAAAUUACCAUUUUAAAUAUGCAUGGUAGGAUUGUAGGAAAAUAUUACAGGUCACUCAUGUGACAGAUUCUCAGCAAUUCAUUAGAUUUCAUUCCAUUUUAUUUGUAGAUCAUAGAAUCAGAUACAUUUGAAGUCAUAUGUAAAUGCAAAAAAAAUCAUUAUCAGAGAGAUCACCUAAUCACUGAUUUCCUUAUCUAUUGAUUCUAGUUUUCAUCAAUUAAACAAGCUACAAUCACAUGCGGCAUGUGAUUUGAUAUCAAUCAACUGAACGUCAGGGUCUUUCCAUGGCGAGUUCAAGAUGAGAUCAGUCAUGAUUCUACCUUCACUCAAUACCAAGGACAAGCCUGGGGUACAGGCAUCCUCGACCUCCGAUGUCAGGAAACUGGCCAAUCGCUGUUGGACCACCAACCCUAAAACCAAGACACUCUCUGAGCCUGUACAAAGAUCAGGCCAGCAGGGGAGCAGACCAACUAGCAUACGUUCCCUACCUAUACUACCAUCCCAGAAGACAUUUAACCCUCAUGUUACUGCACCACCUAGAACACCUAAUCAAGAUAGACAUAGCCAAAGAGGUCUUAGAGAUUCUCACAUGGAACGAUUCCCUGCCAUCCAAAGUCAGUGCAGGACAGCAUCACGACAGAGCAGCCUCUCUUUACCCAGGAGCGAUGUAAGCAGAGGAAGUAAAACAAAGAGAAGGAAACCUUUGAAGAGAUACAGGGAAGUCUUUGUAUGGGACCACAGAACUAGAACUUGCUCAGAACCUGGAAUGAAUAUUGCAAAUGAAACUCUUCCUUCUGUCGGAACAGAAAAUACAUUGAUGUUGGCAACAGACAAUCAGGCACGCACUCUAUACACUCCAACAGGACAAGCAAGACAGAAAAGGAAGCAAAGGGCACAAGGUCUCCUGGGAAUGUUAGAGAGGCCACUGAAACUUGAUCAGCUUUGCAAGACCCCUGUCCCAAAUACAGCAUGGACCUGCAAGAGCACCAAUGACUCACCCUUCCCAUCCAAGACAAUCGUUCUUCCACCUAUAGGCCAAUGUAAUGAGGACCCAGGAGGGGAAGAAAGCAUGAAUGGGUUGAGUGAAAAGAGCAUGACUGAACAAAUGCACAAGAAAUCAGUGAAGAAGAUGGAUAAGGGAACAAAGAGCUUGAAGACCAGGAAGAAGGUGGGGAAGGAAAAGUUGAAGCUGAAGGAUGUUGAAGUGCAGCAUCAAGGUACAGGAAAUGGCUCCGAGCAUGACAGUGACGAGGACACUCAAGAAGACCUAGAGGACACUAGUGGGUCUGAUUCUGAUCAUGAUGGCGAUGAAGGCAACAGUGACAUAGGAUGGACAGAUGACGACGACGAUGAUGAGAGUGGAGAUUUUCUCAUAGCUAGUCGAAUAAAUUCACAAAUGAGAAAAUCAGCUUGCUCUACUAGUCAAUUUUCAAGAGCUUCUGGAAUUACAAUGUACUCUGAAGAAAUAAAGAUAUCUGGAGAUAAUGGUGAUGAUGAUGACAGUGAGAAUGAGGAUGAUGAUGAAAAUAGUAAUGAUGGUGCUGAUGAUAAUGAAGACAGUAUUGAUGGAUCACAGGUAGAGAACAAGUCAACUGAUCAAGAUGACAAUGAUGAUGAUGAUAAUGAAGAUGAUGACGAGGAUGAAGAUGAAGAAAUGGAAGACAAUAAUAGCAAAGAUGACAACAGUUCUGAUGCAGGCCAUGAAGAUGAUGAUCUGCUCAGCCAUGAUAUGGAUAUUGAGAAUAUUGACGAUGACACAAUGAAAGAUUCUGAAGAUUCUGAAGAUGAAGACAUGUUCGUCAGAAUCAGUGACUAUGGUGACAGUGAAGAUGAAAUUGAAGAAGAAAAUACCACUGCUGCAGGUGACAAUGCAAGUGAAAAUUUUGAAUCUGAAAUGGAAGGUGAUGACAAUGAUGGUGGUAGUAAUAGUGCUGAUGAAGAUGAUGAUGAUGGUGAUGAUGAUGAUGAUGGUGAUGAUGAUGGUGAUGAUGAUGAUGAUGAUAAUGAUGAUGAUAAUGGUGAUGAUAAAUGAUAACAAACCUGGUAACAUGUUUCAUUCUUAGAACACAAAUAACAAGACAUUACAUUUGCCAAUCCAAAUUGAAAUGAUUUCAAUAGAAAUUGUAAAUGUUUCAAGUAUUCAAUGUUAAGAAAGCAUAUCAUUGCGGCUCUCAAUCAGAUUCUCAUUGCACAAUCUAUUAAGCAAACAAAGAGUCUGUAAAAAUCUGCAAAAUAUUUCAAUUGAAAUUUAGGUAAUCAUUUUCUCUUUGCUUUCUUUUAUUUUGCAAAAGUUGUAAGUUAAUUUCUCUUUUCUAAAUUAGUAAAGACAUAUGUUAUGUCAGUUCCUUGUCUAUAUGAUAUUUAAUCUAUUCUUGCCUUUACUUUUUGUUGUUUUGUGGUUUGCUGCUUGUUGUUUACUACUCUUUGUGUACAUGUAUAUUUGUACUAUACCAUCUUUGUUGCUGUUGUUUGUUACAUUGUUUGUUUUUCCAUGACCCUAAAAGUCAUAAAUAUGGAAAUAAACUACAAUUCAAUCACUUUAUUCAAUGUAUUGUUAAGAAAAAAAGAACGAGAAUGGAAUUGCAAAUGGCUCUCAUAAUGAUCAAACACAUUAUGUAGGAAGAAAAACACAUUGCAAAUAUGUCAAAGUAAAUUGAACCAAGAAGGCUCAAAACAAGAAAAAAAAGUCAAGUUUUAUUUGAUAGCCAUUGAAUAAUAUGUUUGUAUAAACAUUUGGAAAAUUAAAAUGCUAUGCAAUGAAUUUUA